AUGGUGUCGCCACGUCGAUCCGCCGCCUUCCUCCCUCUGCUGCUCGUCGCGCUGCUUGUCCUCGUCCUCCAGGCUUCCCCAGCCAAAGCCGACAACCCCGACUCGGCGUGGGGAUGGAGCACCAUCAAGCCAGCUUCCGGCUCCGAGCAGGUCACGGUGCCCGUGCGAGGCUCGUCGGCCUCGAUCCUCACCCUCAUGGACAGUUCCUACACUGCCAGCAAAAUCAAGACGGUCCUCAUCCAGGUCCACGGCCACGGCCGAGACCCCUGGAACUACUACAACCACAACACUGCCGCCCGCUCCAAGGCGGAGAGCAGCCUCGGCGUCGACCCCUCGACCGUCCUCUCGAUCGCGCCCUUCUUCAUGGGCAUCGGCGACAAAAACAACGGCGCCAUCCCAGAGGGCAACCCGAGCAACUGGCUAUGCUUCGAGGGCGACUACUGGGCGGGGGGCUACUCGAACCUCUGCCCGGACGGCGUGCAGGGCGUCAGCUCGUUUGAAGCCAUGGACGCCCUCGUCGCGUGGGCCUCGAACCGCUCGCGCUUCCCAAACGUCGACCGCGUCGUCAUCUCCGGCCACUCGCUCGGCGGACAGUUUGUGCAGCGCUACGCCCAUUUCGGUCGCCCCAGCACCAGCGCCGAGCUCCACUUCUGGGUGGGCAAUGCCGCCAGCUUCCUCUACUAUAGCAAGGACCGCCCCGUGCCUCUGGCGGACCUCACGGCUUGCAAGGCGUACAACCGCUACCUCUACGGCAGCGCUGCGCUCUCGGAUAGGCUGGGCGCGUACGGCGUUGGCGACAUCGGGGCGGCUCAGUCGACGUACAACAGCCGCAACGUCCACCUUGGCAUCGGCCUCCAGGACCACGCCGCAGGCGUGCUGGGAUGCGAGGCUAAAGUGCAAGGUUCGGGGCACUACGAGCGCGCGACGGGCUACAUCAACUACCUUCGACAGUUCAAGGGCGGCUUUCCCUCCCGUCACACCGUCGACUACGUCACCUCCAGCCACGACGCCAGGACCAUGCUGACCAAGAAGGUGACCCUUCAGCGUCUUUUCACCGACUACUACGCCAAGGGCAUCAAGACGCCGAGCACGCUGCCCAACGGCUCGAUCAACAACGGCGUCCAGAGCACCUUUGCCCGAACUUGA